AGCUUCGACACGACAACAGCAAAGAGGAGGUCAUCGAGAUUGCGUUACUACCGGCAGCAUCUUCUCCUCUUUCCCUUUUUUAAAAAACUGAUGCAGCGCACCAUGGCCACCAAAGCCGCAUGUAGUUUUCUCUACGACAGCCAUUGUCAUCUUCGCGAGGCAGCGCUCUGCGAGACAGCGGAAACGGCUGCCACUGCCGCUGCCUCCUCCUGCGCUCUUGAUGACGGGCGAUCGAGCGUGAUGAGCAUCGUGCUCUGUGGAACGCACCCGCAGCUCGAUUGGGACCUGGUGGCCAAGGCGAUCAUCAAGCCCAACGGGGUCCACAAAAUCCCUGGAUUUGGCGUGCACCCGUGGCUUGUACCCGCUUCUCCACCUCAAACCCCAGAAGCGAAGUUGACGAAUCCGGUGUCGGCUCCGGUGGCACCCUCUGCGCAAAGAAGAGGAGCGGGUGGCGGCUGUUGCAGUGCUGCCCCCGCCGACGCCUCCGCGCACCUCUCCCUGUCCCUCGCAGAGAUAUUGGCGGAGUUAGAGGGUCGACUGCGCACUUUCCCUCGCGCCAUCGUGGCUGAAAUCGGGUUGGACAAGCUGCGCGGCCCGCCCGAGGCAGUACAGAAAGAAGCUUUUGUUGCACAGCUCCGCAUCGCCGCCGCCCAUCAGCGACCCGUUUCCGUGCAUUGCGUACGGCACUAUGGACUGCUCCUGCAACUCCUUCAGGACUUGCCGGCCGAGGACACCCCGCCAGCGAUCAUCCUGCACGCCUUCACUGGCUCGCUGGAGGUGGCGAAGUCGCUGCUAAACUUGAAGAACAAAAAGCGCACGAAAGCGAAGUUGAAAGAUGUGCCGGCGAUGUCUGCUUCAACGCAAUCGAAAAAGGGCAGUGACUGCACUGAAGCUUCCGCGCCGCAACCCAAGAAGACGAAACGCGGUGGCGGCCCCUCCGCGGGCACGGUGCGCAUCAACGAGCGCAUCUUCUUUGGUGUCGGCCUCUCCACAAGUUUUACAGUGAAGAACUUCUCUACGCAAACACUGCCGUGUUUAUUGAGUGCGCAGAAAGUUCUUCUAGAGACCGACGCGCAUUACGGCGGCGAGCGCGACUGCGGCUGCGACGGAGAGGCGACGGGGGGCAACGCGACCGCCGGCGUGUACGUGAGCGCGCGGGAGCACGCGGCGCAGUUGGAGGAAGUAAUGCGAAUCGUGGCGGUCACCGCAUUGCAGAGCGCCGAGUUGGCGAAGUCGGCGCAGGCGUCGGGACUUGCUCCAGAUGUGCUGGUGCGUCAGUCCGUCACCGCCGCCUACGCGACCGCCUUCCGUUCAGUUUUGCAUUAA